AUGGCAUUGGUAUCUUCAUCAUCUAAUCUGUUAUAUGGUGAUAGACAAUCAUCAUCUUCAUUUAAUAAAAAAAUUAUGACUUUACCACGAAUUGAACAUCCAUCAAAAUUCAUAAAUGAAGAAGAUAAAAAUUCUUUAGAUAUUCGUGGAAGAUCAAGAGAUGGUCAUGGAGAUGGAAAAUUAAUAAGAAGUGAAACAUCAACACCAGAAUCUCGAUAUCGUCGUCGAAGAUCAUCUUCACUUAAAUAUUUUCCCAAUUCUUCAAUGUAUUCUGAUGAAUUAAAACAAAAAAAUGAUUAUGUCAAUUCGAAUUAUCGACAAGAUCAAGAUAAAGUUCGUUUACCAAUAUUCGGUCAUCGAGCAGAAAGUCGAACAUCAUCAUCAUCAUCAUCAUUAUCAUAUGGUGUUGAAAGUGGUAAAGCAAGUCCAAGAACAUCACGUAUUGUUAUUGAUGAACUUGAAAGAAUGUUAAGAGAAAAAGUUCGUUUACAAAUUCAUGAUGUUCGAACGAAAUUUCGUCAUGUUUCUGAUGUUGAUUCAAAUGGAAAAAUCUCUCGUCAAGCUUUACAACAUAUAAUUGCUUCUAUAUUUGGUAGUCAACGACAAAUAGGACCUAAUCAAAUAGAUAAAUUAUUAGAACGUCUUCAUUUAAAACAUUUAAAUAAAAUAAGGUUGUUUUUUUUCUAUUUAUUUUUCUUUAAUUUUUUUAUUGUUUUGUGCUUUAAAUAUUCUUGAAGGUGAUCCACCAUCCAAUGAUGGACAUAAAUUAACUA